AUGCCAGUUAAAGCCAUAGCCAAAACGUCGAUAGCACGUAACGGAAUAGGUGCAUACAUUGUGCCAUGCCACAGAAUCUCCUUACAAUACUGUAACUGGGGUGGUUCUUCCACUGGACUUCGUGAGUUGUUGAAGACCGGAAGAUUGGACAAAUUAGCAUCAGAAAAGAAGGGCAUCUUCUUUGACAUCAACAAGAAGAACGGCCACCCCACCGCUUCUUUCCACUACAACAAUGAUACCAUCAAGACUGUGGAGAUCGCCAACUUGAAGCCUUCAGAAAUUCUUGCCAAGAUAGAUGAACACAGCCAGAGAAGUGGUAACGACUUGUUCAAGUUCAACCACAAGGUCUUAUCGAUCAACGACUCUGUCAGAGGUAUCUGGUCUCCAUUGCAUACUCCAAAGUCUCACAGACACAAGAUCUGAGUACUCCAAGGUCUCAUAGACAAAAGAUUGAGGUAUAUAAUAUUGUAAAUAGACGAAGGGAACAAGCUUAUUACUUGUCCACAAUAAAAAUAGAUAAUAGG